UUGAGAUGAGCUACAGAACUAGAAGCAAGUUCAAAGAGAACAGAUCAAAAGAAAUAAAAAAGACUAGUAGCUUUUGAAGAAAUACAUACUUUUUUUUACACAACAUUAAACACAACGUUAAAUAAAAUAAUUUUUUUAGCAAUUUACAAGUAGUCGCAUUUUUACAUCAAUCGUGAAAAUGAAUAGCUUCGAGAUUCGCACCUGUCUCGUGAUAAUGUUCAGUGCGAUACUGAUUGUCACGACACGGGCCAGAUUCAUCUAUCAUCCAGAUCCAACAAUACAUUGUCUUGAAGCUAAAGUUCCAUGCAGUGGGCAUCAUUCGGAAGACUCGUGUAAAGAAUAUUGUCAAGCACAAGGCUUCAUUGAUGGAAGUUGUGAUGCCACGUGCUGCCUUUGUUUCUCUGGCCAUCCUGCAAUGAGUGAUGCAUUGGCAUCGAUGGGACAGAGAAUGAGACACCCCUUGAUUCGGUCACGACCCAGAAUGACCCUCGCACAACAUAUCCCAUACUCCGUUCAAGAUCAAAUCUCUCACCCAUCCGUUGGCCAAAAUGUGGUCAGCAGUCCAAAAAUAAAACGACAAAAUGAAGAAUUCAACGAAAUCGAAACUGAAAAGACUGAAGGGGACAAACCAGAAAGCUCGAUUUGUCUCACACCUGACUGCGUGAAAGCUGCGUACGGAUUACUCGUCAAUUUAAAUGACGAAGUGGACCCGUGUGAUGAUUUCUACGAAUUCGCGUGUGGUAGCUUUGAAAAGAAUGUGAUAAUUCCUGACGAUAAAGCGGAACUCACGCCGAUUGGGGGUCUGACUGAUAAGCUACACCUUCAAAUUAGACAAAUGAUUGAAAACAUUGGUGGAGAAAAAAUCAGCCCUUCCGGUCGACUAGUCAAGAAUCUCUACAGUUCUUGUGUUAAUGGAGAAAUACGCGAAAUCAAGGGAACAGAACCAUUAAAAUCGCUGUUGAAGAAGGUCGGUGGCUGGCCAGUGGUUGAAGGUAAACGUUGGACCCCAUCCCCUACCUUCGAAUGGACAGAUUUGGUGCUGAAGUUGAGGAACGAAGGAAUUGCAGGAGCAUAUCUGCUGGGAAUUGGCGUUGGUCCUGAUAUCAAAAAUCCUGGAAGGAGAAUAAUCAAUAUUGGUGAACCUCAAUUGUCAUUUGGAAGGGAACAAAUGAUAGAUCCAGUCUUCAUUAAUGCAUACCAAAAGUACCAAUUAGAUCUCUCAGUCUUAUUGGGUGCAGACCCACGCGUGGUUGGGGCGGAAAUGGGAGCUGUUUUCCAAUUUGAAAAAAAUUUGGCUAAUAUAUCUCUCCCACGAGAAGCCACGAGAGCACACCCUUUAAAGUUUUACAAUCCAAUUAGCAUCUCAGAGCUUCAGAAACGCUUCCCUCACGUGAAUUGGCUACACUUUGUAAGAUCAUCUUUGCCGGAUAAUCUUGACGUUAAGGAAAACGAAGUCGUCAUUCUCUCCGUGCCUCCACAUUUGGUGAACUUACUUCGUCUCAUUGAAAUGACCGACCAAAGAACGCUGGUGAAUUAUUUAAUGUGGAGGGCAGCCUCCUCCCUCAUUCCUUAUUUGGGAGAAUCAGCCAACUUCCUCAAGGCCCAUUUUAACGCCAGGGUCACCGGACAACAUCAAAAGCCACCAAAGUGGGCCGAGUGUGUGGGUCUAGUCACAAGUACUUUGGCUCACGCCGUGGGGAAAAUGUAUGUCGAAAAACAUUUCGAUGAGAAAUCAAGAGAAGAAGCAAUCAAAAUGUUUCACGACAUUCAUCAAAGCUUUAGCACCGUGCUUGAUGAAGCAACAUGGAUGGAUCCAGUCACAAAGAGCAGGGCGCAUGAAAAAGCGAGAGCCAUGCGAUCUUUCACCGGAUAUCCUGUGGAAUUGCUGGAUGAAAAUGAAUUAAUCAAGUUAUAUGACGGGUUGGAGCUAAGUGGCGACAAUUUUUUCGAAAAUGUGUUGAACAUUACGAAGAGUGGGGUGAGGUACACGCUUGGAAAAUUGAGAAAACCAAUAGAUCCCAAUGAGUGGGUUGGACAUGGAAAGCCGGCCGUCGUCAAUGCCUUUUACAAUCCAAGUCAAAAUUUCAUCACCUUCCCAGCAGGCAUACUCCAGGGGCACUUCUUUUCGUACGAUCGACCCCAUUACAUGAACUUUGCAGCGAUUGGUUGGGUGUAUGGGCAUGAACUAAUUCAUGGAUUUGAUGAUCAAGGCAGUCGUUUUGAUCUCCGAGGUGAUCUCAAGGAUUGGUGGCAUCCAAACACGAAACAACGUUACCACGAAAAAACGGAAUGCAUCGUACAACAAUACUCAAAGUACAGCUUUACUGACCUAGUCACAAAUGUCACAACUCAGCUGAAUGGUCAGCUUUCUCAAGGGGAAAAUAUAGCUGACAACAACGGAAUUUUACUAGCAUACAGAGGUUAUCAAAAAUGGGUGGAACGAAACUGGGCUGAGCAGAGACUUCCUGGACUUGAGAAAUACUCGCCAAAUCAAAUGUUCUGGAUAACUGCAGCGAAUAAUUGGUGUUCAAGUCACAGACCGGUAGCUUUUCGUCAUAAAAUGAUGACUGGGGUACAUCCACCGGGAAAAUUUCGGGUGCUUGGAUCAUUUUCUAAUUCUCAUGAAUUUUCAAAAGAUUUCAAAUGUCCAGUCGGAAGUCGUAUGAACCCUGUGAAGAAGUGUAAAGUAUGGUGAAUAUUUGCACCUCUCAUGCAUUUCAGAUUUUCUAUAUUUUGUACCUUGUUUGUAUCGAAUAAUGCAAGUGUUUAUAUGUAGAUAUACAAAAAAAACGUUAAAGAGAACAAUAAAAAUAGUGUUACUGACAGUAUA